CUAGAGCAAGGAAAAUUUGUGACUGUUCCUUAUUUCUCCUAUUUAAAUACACACGUUGUAUAAAUUUGGAAUCGGACACAAAUAGCAAGACUUUCUGCAUUCUGUAGAAAUGGAUUUUAUUACUCUUUUUCUUUGUAUGCUUUGCUUUAAACACGUCACAGCAAAGGAUGAUAUAUUGUCGGUCAUACUGAGUGAAUUGCAUGAUCUGAGGAACGGUCAGUUGGAGUGUAAAGAACAACUGCAGGAACUGAACGACAUGAAAGCUGAAUUAAUUUCUUUGGAGGAAAAAGUAGAAAUGUUGCAACAACAGAAUAGAGAACUGAAUGCUAAACUGGAACAUGAAAAUAACGAACACAACCAAAAGUUUGACACGAACCAGUCGACAAACGACGACAACAUAGAAGACCAAAGAAGUAAAGAAAUGGAAAAUACUCAGCCCAAGGAGAUCAUGCCCGAAAAAAUACAAAAAAGACUAUUUCCUGCCGAUGGACGUGUUGCAUUUACAGCCGGAGUAUCUGUACCAGAUUUGGUUAACCUCGGUGUUCACCACACAGUUAUCUUCGAUAAAGUUAUUUCCAACUUUGGCAGUGCGUAUCAUCCCCACUCUGGCAUAUUCUUAGCUCCAGUGAAAGGCGUUUAUGUAUUCUCUGUGAAUUUAAUGGUGAACUCAAGGCAUGCCCAGUACCUACAAAUCGUUGUAGACGGCACUUUGAUAACCGACAUGUAUGCUGGUGCCUUAGGUGUAGAUGACUCUAUCUCUACAAUGCGACAGUGGAUCAUUGAAGUCAACAAAGGGUCAGAGGUCUGGAUAAGAACAAGCGGCCAGGGAGAGGUACAUGGCCACAUGCAUUCUGGAUUUUCUGGUUUUCUUUUGUUUGAAACGGAAUGAAAUGUUGAAAUAAAUCUAUGUACAACGAA